AUGACCCUCCUCUCUACCAUCCUCGGAUUCAGCGCAUUCGGUUUCGGAGCCAGAUGUUUCCAGCUGGGAUUACAAAAGAGGCCUAUCUUCGAUGCCCCAUCAGGUCACUUGAUAUCAACAGCCGCAUUCGGUGUAUUAGGUUACGGAGCCUUCUACGCAGAUAAGAAACAAACUGCCCUCUUAGCUGAGAAGAAGAAGAUCUUAUUAGAAAGGAGAGAAAAGGAAAAUCUCGAAUGGCAAGCUACCAAAGGUCAAGGUCAUGCUGUGUAG